AUGGACUACGUGAACGAGCAGAUCGAGUCUGUUCAGGAGUUUGCCCAGAACAGCAAGCGACUUAUCAACAAGUGCAGCAAGCCCGAUCGCAAGGAGUUCCAGAAGAUCGCCGUUGCGACCGCUGUUGGCUUUGCCGUCCUCGGUUUUGUUGGCUUCUUCAUCAAGCUCAUCCACAUCCCGAUCAACCAGAUUAUCGUCGGUGGCUAAAACACCAACCAACUCCACUUCGGCCAUCAUCCUUCGUCUCACCGACUCGUCACUGCAUAUGCCUAUUCUAGUAUAAUAAUACAAUCGAUUCACCUCG